UUUUCACGUGACCUCCCACAGAGCGCUGCACAGCAAAAGGAAAGGCAGCAAUUCUCACAGCAGCCCAACAAGUCUCUAUACCUGCUAACAGUUAUCUGAACGGCUAGCAACCGGCUCCAUUUACCCAGGAUGUUUUCUAUCGGGGAGACCAUGGAGUUCCUCCUGGGAAACCCCUUUUCAACACCCGUCGGUCAGAGAAUCGAACGAGCGACGAGCGGCUCUCUGCAGUCUGAGGACUGGGGACUCAACAUGGAGAUAUGCGAUAUCAUCAAUGAGACGGAUGAGGGACCCAGAGAUGCUGUUAAAGCCAUCAAGAAAAGGAUUGUGGGAAACAAGAACUUCAGAGAGAUCAUGCUGGCUCUAACUGUUCUUGAGACGUGUGUUAAGAACUGUGGCCAUCGCUUCCAUGUUCUGGUGGCGUCGCAGGAGUUUGUUGAGGGGGUUCUGGUUCGUAUCAUUUUGCCCAAAUUCAACCCCCCCACAGUCCUUCAUGAUCUGGUUCUCAGCCUCAUUCAGUCAUGGGCUGACGCAUUUCGCAGCUCUCCCUCCCUGGUGGGAGUGGUGCAUGUGUAUGAUGACCUAAGGCGGCGAGGUUUGGAGUUUCCCAUGACAGACCUGGAUGCACUCUCCCCCAUUCAUACUCCAAAUAGGAGCAUACCAGAGAACGAGACCCCUCAGGGGACCUCUGUCACUGCUUCUACACUUCCAUCACAAGAACAAACACCAGCUGCCUCUCCCAGUCAACAUACCUCAUCUUCAGUCAAUGUCAGCAACGGACCGGUCCCUCUCAGUCCAGAACAGGAGCAGAAACUGCGCAGCGAGCUGGCCCUGGUUAAAGGAAACCAUGCGGUGAUGUCCCAGAUGUUAAACGAAAUGAUACCUGGACAGAGCUCAGCAGAUGAUGCAGACCUGCUACAGCAGCUGUUUUCUGUGUGUAAGAAGAUGCAGAGUCGUGUGGUUGAGCUGAUCCCAAUGCUGGUGGAUGAAAGGUUUAUGGAGGAGUUACUGGUGGUAAACGACGACCUCAACAAUGUCUUCAUUCGCUAUGAGAGGUUUGAACGGCUGAACAAGGCUCAAAGUUCAGAUCCUCAACAGAUCUCUGCUAGGAGCCCAAAUUUGGUUGAUACCAUCCCUGAACCUCUGAACAACAAACAGGCCGCUACCAUCACAGCAAGCAUCCAACCAGCCGCCAGCGCCCAGACCAAUCACCAGCUAUCAGCCAAUCACAAAGAAGAGGAGGAGUUUGACAUGUUUGCUCAGACCAGAGGCAGCUCUUUGGCUGAGCAGAGGAAAAGCGUCAGAUAUGAAGAUCCAGAAACUGUAGAAGGACUUGCUGAAGCUCUGGACUCGAGGCUGCAGGUCACAGGAGGGGUGCGUACACCACAGCAGUCAUCAUGUUUAAAGGAGUUUUUGCAGGAGAUUUCAUUCUGUUUUGUUUUUAUUUUCCUUUUCCCUCAGAUGGUGCCGGAGAAAAAUGCUCCGCAGAACGACAUUGACAAAUGGUUAUCUUCUGAUCUGGAAGGUCAAUCCUCGGUUUGUGAAGGAGUUUCCAGUGAAGAGUUUGACAAGUUUCUGGACGAUCGGGCGAAGGUGGCGGACCAAAGCAACCUUUCAAUUCGCACCGUGCCAUCCGCCACGCCUAGACCUCAGCCCACCAAGAAGCAGGAUGCCACACAUGACCAGCUCUUUUCUCUUUAAAGAAGAUCUAACACGUGCAAAAAAAAAAUGAACUGCUUCAUGGUCAAAUCAUUUUAUACAAAAAAUGCUUUAUUUCCUGUCUUUAUGUACAUACAUACCAUUUUAUGUAACUCUAUUUAAAAAUUUACUAUAAUGUCAAUGUGAACAGAAAAAACCUUAGCCUGUAUAGUUAAGUAGUAAUUAGUAACAAUGAUGUAUAAAAUCUAUAUGAUGAUGUGCCUUCCAACUGGAGAUGUGACGCAGCAGGAACUAAAAUAAACGGUAAACACUUCU